AUGAACUCCUCACUUGCCAACCCGCUGCUGCCCCCUCUGCCCCAGACGCAGGCCCCGACAACGGUCGUCGUCCAGCUAUCGGCAGAGGACCGCUACAUCGAGCCCAAGGUCAACGUGUUGAGCUGGGUCAUGACCAUCUUGGCUGGCACUGUGGUCGGCCUGCGGAUAUACAACAAAUUCAGGAGACGUAUGCGGCUCUGGUGGGAUGACUACAUCGUGAUUGUUGCUUGGACACUGUUCCUCACUUACACCGUGGUGACUGUGUUUGAAGGGCGCGACGGCCUCGGCAGACACGUCACAAACCUCAGCCCUGGGACGAUUCGCGAGUUUGCCCUCCUUGACACGAUCGCUUCGACAAUCAAUAUCAUGGCCACUGCACUGGCUAGGAUAGGGUUCGCAGUCUCGCUCCUUCGAAUCGCAGAGGGCUGGCCUCGUCGUUUCACAUGGGCGGUCAUCUUCGCUUCGAAUAUCAUCUCUGGCCUCUCUGGGCUUUUCCUCUGGGUUCAAUGCACGCCGAUCAGGAAGAAUUGGGAUAAUCUUAACUUCGGGUAUUGUUGGGCUCCCCUGGUGCAAGUGGCUAUUCCAAUCAUGAACACGGCUGUGGCUGGGUUCCUAAACGUUUUCAUUUCUCUGGUUGGGCUCUAUAUUGUCCGCAAAAACACCGCGAAGCAGAGAGACUGGGUUGGAGCCUUGGUACUCACGGCACUCGGAAUUUUCGCCGGCAUUGCCAGUUGGGUGAAGACCUCGGUCAUGCAUAUUCUCAUCGGAGAUGAUGUCACAUUUGACAUGGUCACUUUGGUCGUAUGGGGAAUCAUUGAGCCGGCUGUGAUACUCAUAGCAGGCUCUCUCCCAGAGCUCCGUUCGUUUGUCUGGAGAGAUCCAACGUCAUCAGCUCCUCGUCUUAUACCAUUCACUAGGCGUCGCAAUGGGAUCCGAUUCGAUUCUGAUUUUGAUUUUGCUCGGCAGCAAUACUUGGAUGCUGGAGGGAAAACCAUCAAAGACUUCAGCACGAAGUCUAAGAAGAGCUGGGUUUAG